AAAAGAAAAAGGAAAGGGAAAAGGAAAGAAAAGGAAAAAAAGAAAAGAAAAGAGAAAAGAAAGAAAAGAGAAAAGAGAAAAGAAAAGAAAAGAGAAAAGAAGAAAAGAAAAGAAAAAGAAAAGAAAAGAAAAGAAAAGAAAAGAAAAGAAAAGAAAAGAGAAAGAAAAGAAAAGAGAAAGAAAAGAAAAGAGAAAGAAAAGAAAAGAGAAAGAAAAGAAAAGAGAAGAGAAGAGAAAGAAAAGAAAAAGACAAGCAGAGGUGUCCUGGCUGGCACCAAACAGACUCUCCUUCCUAAAGGCCAUAAAAGGCCUCACUGUGAGGAGCAGCCUCUGCCAUCAGACCUGUUGAUACUUCUGUUAAGAGCUUUCUCUCCUGAAGCUGGCAGACACGGACUGGGAACCCGUCACCUUCGGUCCCAGCUGGGUGCCUCCUUUCUGUCGCCACCUGAAGUCAGGCAGGUGACAUCCCUCGCCAGAUGGUCUCGGGUCCGCCCGGCCCUGGAUGCGGCACCGGGGCAGCUCCAUCCGGCCCUGCACGCUGCCCGUGCUGCCCGUCCCAUCCCCCCUGCGCCGUGGCCACGACCGCGGCACCCGGAGCCCGGUCACCUCCCAGGGCUCGUCCCCAGGGAACCCCUGACAGUGAGGACGGGGGGAUCAGAUCCCAGCACCGCAAAUGGGGCUGGAGCAGAUGAUGAGGAAACGAGAGAGACGUUUAAUCAGAACCUCCAAAGCGAUGGGGGGCUGGUGUACGCAAUUUCUUUCUGCAGAUACAAACUGUGAGCUACAGGGAGGGACAGAAGGUGUUGGAAGGUGCAGGGCUGGACCCAGACCCCAGCACUGGCUGCUGUGGAUUCCAGAGGGGCCCCCAGUGAAACCCUCACUGAAGGAGCCUGUGCCACCUCCAGCAGCAUCUCCACAAGGAUGCUGCUUCACGGUUGUUCAGGGACACAAGAAUGCUCUGUCCUCCUCACCGGUGUGGGUUAAUACAAAGAGCUCAAUCCCUGACGUGGAAAAUAUUUGCUUGGGAUGACACUGGGAGAGUUUUGCUCGUGUGCCUGCCCUGCCUUUCAUGCAGAGGUGAUAAACUCCUUUUGGCUCAGUAAUUCACUCACCCAUUCGCUCUGCUGGGAGAUGUGCAAACAGACAAGUGGUCUAUGCAUUGGGGUGGCAGGGGAAGGAGCAGACUAAAGAGGCAAGGAAAUCUGUUUAAAUGUCCUUAACUCCCUACAAAAUGGCUAUCAGUUACACGCAUGCAAAUACUCUCAGCACCGCUGAUAUGUCAAUGCAUCCAAUGAGCUGUCUGAGCUCAAAAUAAGUGGGGCCCAAAAGCAGUAAUCCUGGGGUUAAUCUGGGCUGGGAGCAACCACUCCGUGUGCCUGAACCACCGCACUGGGUGGGAAGUGGAGCACAGAGGGAAAAGCUGCUGAAAGAUGCAGCUGAUACAAAAUGAGCUGCAAACAUCCUGGUGGAGACUCUGACCUGCCUCUGGCUUGAGAACACACAGCGGCGUGAAGUACAUAAUUUAAUUAACAGAAAAACAAAGGAAACUUCAUCUUCACAACUGUAUGACCUACAAAGGAGGAAAAGACAUGGAGGGGAAAAACUAAAGCACUGUGGGCAACAGAGAUGUAGGAGGAACAGGAAAAGGGGAGCUGAUCUAUAGAAAGAGGGUUGGGAGAGUGUUAGCUGGGUGACGGAUGGAGGAAUCACAGAAUAGUUUGUGUUGGAGGGACCGUCCCAGCUCCCCAGUGCCCCCCCUGCCAUGAGCAGGGACAUCUUCACCAGCUCAGGUUGCUCAGAGCCCCGUCCAGCCUGGCCUGGGAUGUCUCCAGGGAUGGUUCAUCUACCCCCUCUCUGGCCAACCUGGGCCAGGCUCUCACCACCCUCAGGGCCAACAAUUCCUUCCUCAUGUCCAGCCUGAAUCUCCCUCCUUUAGUUUAAACCAUCACCCCUGUCCUGUCACAACAGGCCCUGCUCAAAGUCUGUCCCCAUCUUUCUCAUGGGCCUCUUUUAAGCACAGAAAGUCCACACUAAGGUCUCCCUGGAGCUUCUCUUCUCAGCUGAACACCCCAGCUCUCUCACCUGUCCCCAGCAGAGCUGUUCCAGCCUCAGGUCAUUCCUGUGGCUCCUCUGGCCCCUCUCCAGCAGGUCCAUGUGUGUCUGUGCUGAGGACCCAGAGCUGGACCAGCACUGCAGGGGGGUCUCACCAGAGCGGGGUGGAGGGGCAGGAUCCCCCAAACCUGCUGCCCACGGGGCUGGGGAUGCAGCCCAGGGCACCAUUGGCUUCUGGGCUGCAAGGGCACAUGGCGGCUCACGGCCGAUCUCUCACCCACCAGCACCCCAAGUCCUUCUCCACGGGGCUGCUCCCCAUCCCUCCAUCCCCAGCCUGAAUUGACACCGGGAAUAUCCUGCCGAGGACACCAGGGCUCCUGGGUUCAAGUCAACCAGAUCUGACCACCAGAUCCCCUCUAAUGUACCUGGGGGCAGGAGGGGGGUGUUUGUGUUCCCGUGCUCCGGCCGUGCGGGAGCUCCCAGGCUCCCCGGGGCUGGUCCCCGCCCGCUCCGUUCCCGAUACCGAAAGCGAAACAUCCCGGCUGCCCCCCGGCCCGGCCAUGGCGGCUGCCGAGGAGCUGGAGGAGGAGGCGAUUUGCUCCAUUUGCCUGGAUUUGUUCUGCGAUCCGGUGAUGCUGGACUGCGGGCACAACUUCUGCCGCGGCUGCAUCGGGCUCUGCUGGGCCGGGGCCGCCGCCCCCUCCUGCCCCCAGUGCCGGGAGCCGCUCCCGGCCCGCGGGCUCCGGCCCAACCGCCCCCUCGGCAACAUCGCGGAGCGGCUGCGGCGACACCGCCCCGGGCGGGGACAGGAGCAAGUCCAGCUGCAGCUGGAGCACCUCAGGAGAGAGAAAGGAGAGCUGGAGGUACAGGAAAGGGAGGAGCGAUGGAUCUGCCAGGACCAUCUGGAAAAAGUGAAGGCGGAGAGGCAGAAGAUUGUGCCUGAAUUUAAGCAGCUGCGACAGUAUCUGGAGCAACAAGAGUGCCUUCUGCUGGCUCGGCUGGGAGAGCUAGAGAAGCAGAUUGAAACAAGAUUGAAAGAAAAUGCUGCUAAAUUCUCCAAGAAGAUUAUUCAUCUGGAUGGGCUGAUCAAGGAGAAGGAGCGUCAGCUGUCGGGGCGCGAGUCCCCGCAGGAUGCUGGUGAUGGUUUGAGCAGGUGCGAAAGGGCAAAGCUCCAGCAAAAGGAGUGGACGAGCCACAAUGUGAAGAAGGAGCCAGGGGUCUGCUUAGAAAAGGUUUCUGCGCUAUGGGAGACGGCAAGAAAACCCCAAGGUGCUUUGACAUCUGCCACAGGGGAGGGAGUGGAGGAAUCCCAGGGACUGUACACAAACGUGAUCAUGACUCUGGAUCCAGACACAGCUCAGUCCUGGCUCAUCUUGUCAGCAGAUCAUAGAAGUGUGACACAGGGAACCACAGAGCAGAGCCGGCCGGACAACCCGGAGCGCUUUGACCCCUGGCCAUGCGUGCUGGGCUGCGGGGAAUUCAGCUCGGGGAGGCUGUGCUGGGAGGUGGAGGUUUGCUGUGGGUCACGCUGGGCUGUGGGGGUGGCCCUGCAGUCCAUGAAGAGGAAGGGACCGAUUGACAUGAGCCCGGCGGGGGGGAUCUGGGCGGUGGGGCGGUACAAGGAGAAGUUCCAGGCUCUCACUUCCCCAGCGCCCACCCCCAUCCUCCCCAGCACAGACCCCCGGAGGCUGCGGGUCUGUCUGGACCAUGCAGAGGGGCAGGUGACGUUUGUCAACGUGGACAGCGGGGCUCUGAUUUUCACUUUCCUGCGAGCAACGUUUGCAGGGCAGCGAAUCCGGCCCUGGUUCUGGGUGGGUCGGGGGUCCAGGCUCAAACUGUGUCCUAGGACCCAAGGAGGCCCCUCCUGCAUCCCCAUCUGGCCAGUCCUUGGGGACUCCCAUUGUUGUGCUCCAGUGAAGAUGAUGCUCUCCAGUUUCCACUCCUGCUUCUCUCUGCUGGUUUUUAUUGUUUAUAGUUUAGUUUUCCAAGUCCACGAGCUGCACUCAGCUCCGCUCAAAGUGAUGGGACCCCCCGGCCCCGUCAUCGUGGCCGUGGGCGAGGACGCGGUGCUGCCCUGCCGCUUCUCCCCUGCGCAGAGCACGCAAGACAUGGAGGUGACCUGGUAUCGGGAGCAGCUCGCGUCCUUUGUGCAUCGCUACAAGGGGGGCCUGGACCAGAACGGGAAUCAGAUGCUGGAAUAUGUAGGGCGCACAGAGCUGUGGAAGGACGGACUCGCCAAGGGCAGCGUGAACUUGAAAAUUUUCGAUGUCCAACUGUCUGACAGAGGGAAUUACACCUGCUUUGUUGUCAAUGGCUCAGACUAUGACGAAGCUGUGGUGGAGCUGAAGGUGAUAGUCAGCGGCUCUGUCCCGCUCAUCGCGCUGGAGCGGUACCAGGACGGGGGGAUCCGGGUGUCCUGUCGCUCGGCCGGCUGGUACCCGCGGCCCCAGGUGCUGUGGCGAGAUCCCCACGGGCAGCAUCUCCCAUCCCUCUCGGAAAGCGUCACCCAGGACCAGAGCAGCCUCUUUGUGGUGGAAAGCAGCAUCAUCCUCACCAGGGGCACGAAGCAGAACGUCUCUUGCUGGGUCCGACACGUCCUGGAUGGUCAAGAACAGGGAUCAGAGUUUUACAUCUCAGAUCCCUUUUUCCAUAAUGCCCAUCCUUUGAUAUUUGUCCUGGGCAUCGUCUCGGUUGCUGUGGUUGUUCUCCUUAUUUUUGCUGUUUAUCUAUUUAAAAUUAAAGGAAAGCGUGAGAAACAAAUAGCGAUGCGAGACGCAGCACUGCGGGACCGUGAUGCAGAAAUCGAGAAACAAGCUGAAGAACUUGCAUGGAGAAGACAUGCAGUGCCUAUAGAAGAAGUGAAGGUGGUUCUGGAUUCAGACACAGCCCACCGCUCCCUUGUCCUGUCUGAUGACUGCAAAAGUGUGAGACGAGAAGAGAAGCCGCAGGACAUCCCUGACAACCCCAAGAGAUUUGACUUAUGGCGCUGUGUGUUGGGUAGUCAAGGCUUUGCCUCAGGGAGAUGCUACUGGAAGGUGGAGGUGGACAACAGAGGAGGAUGGGCUGUGGGGGUGUGUAGAGAAAAUGUGGAAAAGAAGGGUGAGAUUUUGUUUAAUCCAGAGAAGGGUUUCUGGGCAGUGGGGCUGUGGGCAGGCUGCUUUCAAGCUCUCACGUUCCCUGAGAACACUUUCCUUUCUGAAAUCCAGACUCCCAAGCGGAUCCGGGUGUUUCUGAAUUAUGAAGAGGGGCAGGUGUCAUUUUUUGCUGUUGAUGAGAAGAUGCCCAUCUUCACGUUUCAAGAGACAUCAUUUGAGGGGAAACCAGUCUACCCUUGGUUCUGGUUGGGUUCUGGGACACUGCUCAAAAUGUGUCCUUGAUGAAGGGGAGGGAGCAAGAGAAGGUUUUCUAGGGGACCUCAGCCAUUCACACUCACAGCAGGGUUUACAUUGGAAGGAAGUGGUGCAGGUUUCUGUUGCAGCCACCUGCUCCCAGCAGGGCUGCCCUCAAGUGCCUGAGGUGUCUUUGAACCUCGUUCAGCUGAGUUGUGUAGGAUGUCCAAGGGUGGAGAUCUCGUUAUGUCUCUGGACCUCUGGCUGGUGCUGCACUUCUCUCAAUGGGAAGAAUUAGCCCCUUGUGUUUGAACAGAGUUUCCCCAGUUGCAACUCCUGACUGUCGCCUUUCAUCCCCGCUCUCUACCAGUUGAACACACUCUCACUGAACGCACUCCCGCAGCAGGGAUCACUUUCUGAAUGUACAGAAUAGAGUUACUUCAGCGGGAUUUGUCUGUGUGUGAGCACCAAAUGUCUGUGUCCAAGGUGUUGCCUCCACCUCCUUUUAACCUGUGAGGGGUGUCAGGGACUUUUGAGAAAAUGGUUCACUGCAUCCUACAGGAGACAGUGAAGGCAUCUGUGUCAGUGGGUCUGUGCAUGGCUGAGUGUCCCCAGCACAAGCCCAGGUGACGAGCUCACCUUUGACCUAGAGACACCUGACACUGGGAAGUGGAUGCCCCCUUAUAACUCUGAGUAGCCUGGAGCAGACAUAGAAUGUCCUAUGUGGGUUGAAAUGAAGCUGGAGAAACCACAAUUUUGCAUUGAGAAAGGCAUCUUGUCUGCAUGGGGGUGGCCCCUGCUGCCAGGGCUCUAAACAGACACGUGUUAGAUUUUCAUGUACCUAAAGAAGAUGGGUGGGAAGGUGAAGAUACAGAUUGUGCUUUCUGCAUGGUAGAAGGUGCACCGUGCUCCUCAGGCCAUGGGCCACUUGGUUGCAUGUUUCUAUGACCCUCAGAUGUCAUCACUUCAAGAUCCUCUUCCUCUUUUGGAGAUAAGAUAGAAGGGAACAGAUAGGACCUAUUGUGACAGGUCAAGGGGUGAUAGUUUUAACUAAAGGGGGGGAGAUUCGGGCUAGAAAUGUGUGGCAGAAUGCAAACCCCCCUCUCUCCCCCUCCCUCUUUCAGAAUGGAAGGAGUAGGCACAUCUCCCUCUCUCUCUGCUGUUUGAGGCUGACAGCUUCUUUUGUUUGGCCCCAGAGCCCCUGGCCAGGGCCAUUAGGAGAAGGGAGUGCCAGGGCGCCAGUGAGCCACUGGGCACCUGCGGCCAGUGUGGGGGAUGUUUGGAGGCUUCAGGGGCACCCACAGCCAGUGUGGGGAUGCAGAGACGCUUCUAGAAUGUCUGCAGUCAGAUCUGAUCAGCCAAUAGAAACGGGACUCUUGUCGAGACUCCGCCCAUUGCCGCGGGUCUCUCGGAGCACGAGCGCGAUGCUGCCGCCGAGAGCCCCCCGGGAUGGAGACUGCGCCUGCCUCGCCGCCACGGGGGUGAGGAAAACUUCUCGCAGGAUUGUAUAUUUAUACUUUGCCUGCUCAAUAUGAGCACAUGUAAAAUUAAUCCUCGCAGAAUCGAGGGUGUAUUUUCCUCCCGUGCACAUUUGCACGUGUAACUUUCCGUGCACAUUUGCACGUGUACUUUAAAUUAUUUCCUCGCACAAUCGCGAGUGUAUUUUCCUUCCAUGCACACUUGCACGCGUACUUUCUGUGCUCAAUACGAGCACGUGUAUAAAUUAUUUCCUUGCACAAUCACGAGUGUAUUUUCCUCCCGUGCUUCCACAUAAGCACGUGUAGGAUUCCGUGCACACUUGCACAUGUGAGUAAAUUAUCCCUCGCAGGAUUGCGAGUGUAUUAUAAAUUUACCCUCGCAGAAUCGCGACUGUGCGCUUCCCGUACUCACUACGAGUAUGUGUAUCUCUUUAAAAAUAAUCCCACACUGUGUUUAGGCAAGUGUGUACUUCUCCGGGACUCAGGGAUGGCUCCAGCAUUGUUUUGGGUGAAGCCACGUGCAUGCACACUGUGGACUGCCUGUUGUAUUGUUGCCCCUUAAUAAUUUUACUCAACUGAUAUCCGAACCUUUAUUUAAGUCACUUUGGAGUGCUAAAACCCUGUUUCUCACUGGUUUAAUAAAAGUUGUUUUGGACCCUGUUGUCCCUUAAA